GCCAUCCAAUGGGGAGCAAUCGGAGAUGUGAGUUUCCCCUUUUCUGAAUUCAUCUAAAUCAAGUUUUAGGUCGGUUUAGUUGCGAAAAUGCAGAAAGAUAACAAGGAAUUAGUGAUCGGUGGUACUCUUCAACAGAAAAUUUCGAGCUGUCUCAAUGUCUUGGACCGAUUAUUGAACCAAGAGGAACCAAUAGUAUCCUCAAUGGUAGUGGCAGAAAAACGCGAUAAGAGAAUCGGGGGUGAAAAUCCUCUCGACGUCGUUGCAACUCUUUUAGGUAUCAAAGACAUGAAAACAAUUAGUCAACAAUCAACUCUAUCCGAACUUGGAAUGGACUCAAUGAUGGUAAACGAAAUUUUGCAAACAUUGGAAAAAGAAUUCGAGAUUUUUAUCACACCAAAAGAACUCCGAAAUUUAACAAUUGCAAAACUGAGCGAAUUAGGAAACGAAAAAUCAACAACAAUAAAACAAGACCAAAAAACAAAUCAAAAUCUAGAACAAAUGCUUCCAGAAAACACAACUGAUCCUAUAAUUAAAUUACCAAGUCUAGUAAAACCAAGUGAGAAAGCCGUCAAAAUUUUUGUUCUACCUGGCAUUGAAGGGGCCUUGAAACUACUAGAACCCCUAACCAAAAAUUUGAAUGCCCAUGUUUUGGGUUUGCAAUACAUUGUGCAAAAUUGUGACACAAUUCGAAAAAUAGCACUGGAAUUACUACCGGUAAUUGAAACGAAUUUAGAAGGUAACAAACAAUUCUGUUUGCUUGGAUACUCAUUUGGUGCAGUUAUUGCACUCGAAUUAGGACUCUUACUCGAAGAAAAAAACUAUUCUGGUUCAAUUAUCUCAAUCGAUGGMUCUCCUCAUUACAUCGCUAAAAUUUUCCUUCAAAAAAUCUCUCAAGAAACUACGCGUGAAAUUGGAGUUUUGUGUCAUGUUUUAUCGCACAUUUUACCCCCCACUCUUAUCGAGCAACAUAAAGAAAAACUCUCAAAAUGCAAAAAUUUGGAUGAAAAAAUUGUCACCGCUUUAUCACUAAUACCACCCGAAUCGGCCCUUUACCAAAAACUAGACAAAGAAAAUAUCAGAAAACUGUACGAUAGAUGUGAAGCAAUCGCAAAUUACUCCUCCACUGAAAAAAAACUCAAAUCAAGUGUGAAACUCUACAGAGCUGAAAUCCCAAUCAUUGAUAUUGAACCCGAUUACAAAUUACAAAAUUUAUGCGAAGAAAAAGUCGAGAUUGUGACGAUUCAAGGCGACCAUAGCUCAAUUUUGGCACAACCAGAACUUUUCCAAGACAUUAAUCAAUUGAUCAAAUUGUAAUGUUGAAAUAAAACGAUCAAAAUAA